UAUUUGUUUCCAUCUCUCACGUCCAAAGACUGACCCCAUGGCCCCACAAACCAGAACAUUUCCCGCGCGAAACUCAACCCAAAACCAAAAGCGCGGCAAAUCGAAGCAACCAACAGGUCCAACACACUAGGCACCCCACAAGGAAAAGAAAAGAAAAUCCCCAAUACCGAACCCCUCGCCCGCCACGCCCCGAUCCAUGGAUGCGGAGAUGGAGGACGCAGGCGCCCAGGCCAAGAUCGAAUGGGACGGCGGCGGCGGCGGGGCCGACGCGGUGCUGGGCCUUGCCGGCGGCGGUCCCCCGGUGUCGCUGUGCUACCACCAGGCGUUCGGCUCCCACGACGACAUCGUCCUCCUCGAGGCCGCCGACGACCUGCUCCCUGACCUCCUGCAAGGCCGGGUGACUGUACGGGGGCGUCCUGAAGAAGAAGCUGUCCUUUGCACACCUUCUGCAACAUAUUCCAUGAAGUUUGUUGGCACAUCAAAUUCUAUGUUUCUGAUACCACCAGGGGAGCCGUCUGCUAAAUGCUUAAGACCUGACAGCACCAAUGGCGAUGCUAAUGUCGUGGCUGCUACCAUCAAAUUAGCACCAGGGAGCAUUGAAUUGGUCAGAACUGCUCCACGGCUAGAUAAACUGAGGAGCCUUCUCCGUGAGAGGCCCUACAUACUUGAUGAGGAUCUUGGGAAUGACUUCGAACAUAUGAAGGGGCUAUACACUUGGCAAAACCUCUGCAAACUUAUCCAGGCCAGUGAUGGCGAGCUGUUAGAUGGGUUGAAUACCCUCUCGGCUGUUGAGAUUGAUGGAUUCUGGAGGACAGUUGAUGCCAAUUCUGUGAACACGAUUCUUGACAUGAUCCUGCACAACUCUGUGUUGCACGAUUGGCCGUUAAAUGCAAUGCCGGAAAAUGAUGUGCUCUCUGUCAUGGAAUCUGAUGGUUUUACCCAUAAGAUUGUAACCCACUGCCUCAACAGAUUUGGCACAAAGGUAGAGCAGGAAGCUAGGAGUUUUUGGAGCCUUGAUGAGAAGCGUGUAUGCUUACAGUUUGCUCAGAGAGCACUUGGUGCAGGAAAGAUGAAGCUUGCUAACUUUAUGGACAAAUGGGAGAGAAGCAUUCCUUCAGGAAUGCAUGCUGAUCUUCAGAUGCUGGAAGGGGAAGUGUUGUGUGAAAAGCUUGGAGCUGAGACCUGGGUGCAUGCUUUUAGUGUUGCUGAUUUGCCACUGGCACCUGCUGACAGGUUUGCGGCACUUUUCCGUGAGCGCCCUAAGUGGGAAUGGAAAGAUCUGCAGCCCUAUAUCAGGGAUUUGCGCUUACCAGGUGUCUCAUCAGAAGGAUUGCUUAUAAAGUAUACCAGAAGAACCCAACCAAGCGCUGAAGCUGAACCUAUUUUUACUGCAAGAUAAUAGAUCUAGCCAUCUGCAGCCAUGCUUUGAUUCAAACAAGGCCUUGUUGGUGCUACUUAAUUUGAAAUAUCACACUGGCAGUGUAGUGCAAGGCAUUCUGGCUAUUGGCAACGGAACCCAAAUUAUCGUUGCAUACAGAUCCGAUGAUCCUAGUUGUAGACCUUUAGUACAAGUGAUUUUCCUCACCUGAACUAGAUACUAUCGGUGAUGGAAUAUCUGAAGAACCUGUCAUCUGCAAAACUUUGCGCCUUUGCUGUAACCUUUGAUGAACAUAUAGCUAUCCAAAAGCUGAAACACAUGCGAGUACAAUUGUGGAUGCUUGAAAUUGAAACGACUUUCAGAUAUCUUUUUUUCACCCUCUUAAUAUUAAAGUACAGGAGAUUCAGGA